CACAGCCACAGGACUAUCCCCUCCCGCAUCCCAGUGGCACAGGAUUCCUCUUGUUCCUUUUCCUUUUUUUUUUUUUUUUUACCUCUCUUCAUCACUCUAAACGGGUCGAUUGAAUUGUUAUUCCAUAGUUAUUUUGCUACCUGACUUUUUCGUCUUGCUUCUUUUUCCCCCCCUUUUUUAUUUGAAGGUUCUGCUAAGACUUUUUUUUUUUUUUUUUUUUUUUUUUUUUUUUUUUUUGGAAAGCCUUAAAAAAAAAAAAGAAAAAGGCAAGGAAGGGAAAGAAGCCAGCAAGAGACUGAAAAGAGCAAGAGAAAGUGGCAGCUGAGAAGGACUGUGAAAUCACCUCCCCUUUCUUGGACUGUCGAUCAGAGCGAGAGUUGUACAUUAUUAUUAUUGUUUUUCUUUCUGCGUCUAUCUAUCCACAUACACAGGCAGAGAAAGAGACAAGUACUGACAGUGAAACUCGACGAGACCAGCCAUGGUAGCGAGGGCUCAGCCUGAUCGGAAACAAUUACCGCUGGUCCUACUGAGAUUGCUUUGCCUUCUCCCUACAGGGCUGCCAGUCCGCAGCGUGGAUUUUACCCGAGGUACCGAUAACAUCACCGUGAGGCAAGGGGACACAGCCAUCCUCAGGUGUUAUGUAGAAGACAGAAGCUCCAAGGUGGCCUGGUUAAAUCGUUCCGGCAUCAUUUUUGCUGGAGAGGACAAGUGGUCCCUGGACCCUCGAGUAGAGCUGGAGAAGAGAAACCCCCUGGAAUACAGCCUGCGGAUCCAGAAAGUGGAUGUCUAUGAUGAGGGGUCCUAUACGUGUUCAGUGCAGACACAGCAUCAUCCCAAGACUUCCCAGGUUUACUUGAUCGUGCAAGUUCCACCAAAGAUCUCCAAUAUCUCCUCGGACAUCACUGUAAAUGAGGGCAGCAAUGUGACCCUGGUUUGCAUGGCAAAUGGGCGUCCUGAGCCUGUCAUCACCUGGAGACACCUCACUCCUACAGGCAGAGAGUUUGAAGGUGAGGAGGAGUACCUGGAGAUCCUGGGAAUCACACGAGAGCAGUCGGGCAAGUACGAGUGCAAAGCUGCCAACGAAGUUGCCUCAGCAGACGUCAAGCAAGUCCGGGUCACUGUGAACUACCCUCCCACCAUCACAGAGUCCAAGAGCAAUGAAGCGGCCACGGGACGACAAGCCUUACUGCGAUGCGAGGCAUCAGCAGUGCCCACGCCUGAUUUUGAGUGGUACAGAGAUGAUACCAGGAUAAACAGCGCCAAUGGUCUGGAGAUAAAGAGCACGGGGAGCCAGUCUCUGCUGAUGGUGGCCAAUGUCACUGAGGAGCACUACGGGAACUACACCUGUGUGGCUGCCAACAAGCUGGGAGUCACAAAUGCCAGCCUAUACCUUUACAAACGAGUUUUACCCACACUCCCCAAUCCUUUUCCAGGACCCGGCACAGGGAGAGUAGACAACGGCUCCAUGAGUUUGGCCGUCCCACUGUGGCUUCUGGCAGCAUCCCUGCUCUGCCUACUCAGCAAAUGUUAAUACAAAUCAGAAUUAAAAUAAUAAUAAUAUUAAUAAUAAUUAAAAAACAACACGACAACAACAACAACACACAAAACAAAAUGCGUUAUACAGGAGACAGAGCGAAGAGAGGGGAGAGAGAAAAAAGAGGGGGGGAGAGAGAGAGACGACUGUUUCUUUCACAAUUUUUGUGUGUUCAGGAGCGAAGAGGGGGGAGAGGAAAAAUUACAGCAAAGAAGACUCAGCAACUUUUAAUCCAAAACCUGAAAAGCCAGCUGUCAAGUCAUCGACUGCCUAGGAGGCAACACGAAGCGAGGGAGAGAAUGGGGCACCAGCAAGGAUCUUGUCGCCAGAGGAUGCUGCAAUGUAAACAAUCCAACAAAACCUGCAAAGCCAAUCAAAAAGAAGAUCCCUUUUCUUUUCUCUCCUCCUUCCUCUUUUCCAUACUCCCUCACUUUCCUUCCUUCCUCCUCUUUCUUUCUUUUGCAGAAAGAGGUCUUUGCUUCGGUGUCUAUAGCCAUUUAACUUUUUGGAUGCCCUGGGUCAUUUUUGUGAGCUAAUGCUCAGCCAGUUCAUACUUUUAAAAACAAAUUAAAAAAAAAAAAAAAAAGAGAAAAGAAAAAAAAAUAA